GAUAUUAGCCAUAACAAAAAAAAUUGUUACCACUGGGUAAAUAGUUUUCGCCAGUGUUAUAUAUAUAUAUAUAUAUUUCCUGUGUCUCUCAUUUUUCUGAUAUUUGUGCGUCGGUUUUUGAAGGAUUUUGUGUUACGAGAAUUUAUUCACGCAACCUAGAUACCUAAUUCGACAGACACAAGAAGAAAAAAAAAUAGUAUCAACGAUGGCUGGCGAACAACAACAAUUUUUUCUCAAAUGGAACGAUUUCCAAACAAACAUGGUGUCUUCUUUUAAACACCUAAGAGAUGAAAAGAGCUUCACAGAUGUAACGUUAGCCUGCGAUGGACAAACGUGCAAAGCUCACAAAAUGGUACUCUCCGCUUGCAGUCCAUAUUUCAAAUCUUUAUUAGAGGAAAAUCCGUCCAAACACCCAAUUAUUAUACUCAAGGAUGUAGCAUAUAGUCACCUACAAGCAAUUCUAGAAUUUAUGUAUGCAGGUGAAGUAAAUGUUUCACAAGAUCAACUCCCAGCAUUUUUGAAAACUGCGGAUCGACUUAAGGUUAAAGGACUUGCUGAGGCUCCGGGUGCCAUUAAACGAGAGGGUUAAAGUCUAUACGUUUCUAGUUAUGAUGUUUUUUGGAGCGUGUGCAGACUGAGAAAAUGAUAUAAAAAAAAGAAAUGAUCGCGUAAACGUACACACAUAACAAGUACACGAAAUUUUACACACAAUUAAAAAAAAAAAAAAAAAAAAAAACCCAUGUGCACGACACAGUUAUAAUCUCUGGUUCAUGACUUGGAUCAACGCAAUCGUUGAUGUAAUAUACAAAUUAUUCUCAAUCUCGAUUUAACAUUGAUUAAAAUGUUAUAUCGACUCGUACACACACAACAAACAAAAAAAAAGUAGAAUGUUGAUGUCUGUCUUGAACCCAGUAUGUUACACUAUAACACUGAUUAUUUUUUUAAAAGCGAAUCUAUACCGCGAAUUUACAAACAGAUAAUAUGUGGGUCUUUAAUAGUUUAAAUACAAUGCAGGCUGUUCAGGGUAAUUUUGCGAAUCGAUGAUGGAAGUAAUCGAAUUAUCCCUUGGGACGAGAUGGUUUUACAAUUUUGUAUGUCUUUUUUUUUUUUUUUUUUUCUUUUUUUAAUCGUUUUACUUGACAGAAAAAAAAGAAUGAAAAUAAUCAACCCUGAAAUUAAUCCUGUAUAUCCAUUGAAAGACUGAUUUUUUCAAUUUAAAUUAUGUCCGAAUGUGAUUUUUAUUGACGAAUCUUUUUAUGAAAAUUAUUUUUUUUUGUAUAAAAGUAAAAAUUGUUAAAUAAAAAUUUAUGACAAAAAAUUUCCGCUCAAUGUAAAUUUUGAGGGUUUUUAUAUCGUUUAUCGCCACUAGAUUUGCAAAAUACCUAUAGGGCCAUUCAAUUUUUUUUUUAUUUAUUUUUUUUUUUUUUUGAAUUUCAAGUUUACUGGAUGUAGACAAUGCUUUUUUUUUGUUAAUUAUUAUUAUAAUAUGCGAGUAUAAUGAUAUAAAAUUUGAAAUACUUUUUUUUUGUGGCUUAUUGUAAAACACCAUCUCUCAAUUGUACAGUAAAAAAUAAUUUUUUUUUCCAUUUUUUUUUAUAUACAAUAUAUAUAUUUCCAGUAAUCUUGACUUUCCUCUAAUAACCAAAAUACUGCCAGUUUUUUUUUCUUUUUGUAACGGCGUAUUGACAUUAUUACCGAUAGACCAAAUUUAUUUAUGAUAAUAAUAUAUUGAGGGUUGGUUGUCCUGAACCAAGGGAAAGAUGAUUAUUAUUGUAACAUAAAAGAAAAAGCGGACGAAUUUUUGUAAAGCUGGAGCGCACAGUUCCUUUUUUACUUCUUCUCGGGUACAACUAUAUUAAUUUACUAUAAUAUUAAUAAAAAAUACUUUUUUGAAUAAUCCAGAAAUCAUAGGCCGACAUUUUUUUUUUAUACAAAUAAAGCAAUCUUAGAGAUAUUCUUCUUCAAUUUCCAUAUUUGAAUAAAUUAAGCAAUUUUUUUUUUUUUAAUUUUUUUUUUUAUAUAUAACAUUAAGAAAUUAAUUUUAGUAUCAAGUGAUUUAUUCGAUUAAUUGUGACUAUUGUGUUUUUUUUUUUUAAAUAUAAAAAGCAAAUUUUUUUUUUACUGUUACUUACUGGAUAGUGAAGAAAAAAAAACAGGUGUGAUUGUACCUGUUAAAAAUUAAGUAAUUAACGAAAGAAAAACAAAAUGUUACUGUUUUUUGUGCUUAAGUUUUUCCAAUGAAUUAAAAAGAGAAAAAUAUUUGUUGCGCAGAACGUAAAGAAAAAAAAAAAAAAAAAAAAACAUGUGUCAUCGUUGCGUUAAAUUCCAUUUUUUUUUUUAAAUUGUAAAAUUGACAACUUUUUUCGUUCUUGUAUCAAAAAAAAAAAAACAAAAAAAAAAAAAGAAA